UCUAGAAAAAAAAAGGGAAGAAGAAACGGCAGCAACGCCAUUUCACUUUUCAUUCAUUUGUGUCGAGGCCUACGUCGGUUUACUGGACACACCGAACUUCAUCAUGGUGAAGAUUUUUAUCGGCAAUCUUGCCUGCAACACCACACCCGAGGAGCUGCGUGAACUCUUCGAGAAGUACGGCAAAGUUGCGGAAUGUGACAUCGUCAAAAAUUAUGGGUUUGUUCAUAUGAACAACGUCUCGGAAGCAGAGGUGGCCAUUCAGAACCUCCACCAACACCAGUUGCACGGCUGGCGUAUGAACGUGGAGAUGAGCAAAGGGAGGCCCAAGUCCACCACCAAGCUGCACGUCAGUAACCUUGGCGAAGGCAUCACCUGUGAUGUUCUGCGGGCAAAGUUUGAAGAUUUUGGCUCAGUGGUGGAAUGUGACAUAGUGAAGGACUAUGCAUUUAUUCACAUGGAGCGAGUGGAGGAUGCCAUGGAUGCCAUCAGUAAGAUGGACAACACAGCCUUUAAAGGCAAGCUGAUGAGCGUACAGCUGUCCACCAGUCGGCUUCGCACUGCCCCGGGAAUGGGAGAACAUACCGGCUGCUAUGUCUGCGGGAAACAUGGUCACUGGUCGAAAGACUGUCCAAUCGGUCGGAGCGAUAGCCACGGUGAUGACGAGAGAGGUCACAGCGGCCGGGCCCCCCCACGCGGUCCCCCAGGUUAUGGCAGGGGCAGCUACGGAAUGGCCCCACCUCCAGGAGCUGAUUACAUGGGUGGCUCUGCGUAUAGUCAGGGUAGUUAUGUGGGUGGUAUCCCUCCACCCCCUCGUAGGCUCAGUGGCUACGGCUCUGAGCUGGGGGAUAGAUAUGGAGGCAGACCAGCAGGCUCCUAUGCUGACAGGUCAUCAGCUUAUGAUCGUGACCGUCUUUAUAGCAGUGUUGACUAUUAUGAGAAGUACAGAGCUCGGCCUUAUGGCUCAAGCUAUUUCGAGGAUCGUCGCAUGUCUUAUCUCCCCCCUCCCCCACCCCCCCCUUCCUCCCUUUCAAAGCUCUCCUCCGGUGUCGAUCCGUACGACCGUCGGCCACCGCCUCCACCUGUAGCGGCCGCUUCAGCUGCUGCUUACUAUGCACAAGACCGCAACCCGAUCGGACGAGUACCCGUCUCUUCGGCCGGCUACACCUAUGAGCGAACACGGCUGUCACCGGUGUCCUCCAGGAGCACCUACGCUACUCCGCGACCCAAGGAUCAUUAUGCGCCACGUUACGCGCCUUACUAAAGCCAUGGUGCCAAGGUGAGCAACAUAGUAAACAAACAUGACAGAUUAUUUGAUUUAAUGAUAAGGGGACAUUUUAAUGUAAAACAUUUCUGCUCGGUGUGCACUGGGAUCUGGCUAAUUUGUUAUGAGGCUGAACCCUUUGAAGCUGUGCUGCAUAUAUUUGGGGCAUUAAACCCCCUUUCUGAAAAGGGAUUGCUUUGCUCUCUUUGUAGGUCUAUUUGUGAACUGCGGGACUUUUCCUUUGCCGUCAUAUCUUCGAUCUACAUGAUUCCAUCUAUCUGCGCAAUGUGCGGCUAAGCAUAUGAGAUGCGGAAAGUUUGGAAAUUGUGUUGGCAUCUUCAGGGCACCUGAGAGGCCGGUUGCCUGCAGAUGAAUUGUCCUUUCAGUCACAUUCACAUAUUCUGUUUUCAAUAAGGAUGAUGGUGAUUAGAAAACUGCACUGUUAAACAUUUAUGUUGUAUAAAACAAUAUUUUUUUUCACUUGUUCUGCAGUUUUUCAGCUCAGUUUUUAGCCAUGUCUUUUUUUUCUUAACCGUGUUUGUUCCUCACGUAAUGCAAAUUGUUUAAUUGAGCAAAUGUGAAUUGCUUGGAUUUUGUUUAUCACUUAAAGAAAGCUGGAUUUAUACCUCUGUGUAAAGAAGCUGUGCCAUACACAUGGGCUCUAAGAUUACACCAUUGGCUACACUAUUGUUGGCGUGAAUCUCCUCAAAAAUUUAAAAUACGGCUGGGAUGAAGAAACCAUGCGGGAACAGCAAGAAUUGCGAUUGGCUGUGGGAUUGAGUUUUUCCCCACAUCUUGCUGAUUCUGGUGGAGUUUGUAGAUGGGGAAGACAACAUUAUGGCAUACGAAUGGACUAUUAUAUUAUAUUAUUAUUAUAUAAACACAGCAAUCCCAUGGAAGAAGUGUCUUUAUUCAGUAAGUAGACACAUUGAACUCUUUGCAUUGACUAUAAAUCCAGCUGAAGUGUUUUUGUUCCUUUUUAAUAUCUAAACAUUUGACUUUAUUUUCUAAUUGGGAAUCAGGUUAACCCAUGUAGUAUUAUGUAUCAUUUGCUUGUGGUGCAGUAUAGCCUUAUCUUACCCCUCAGCACACAUCUCAUUUGAUCCAAGUCAAUUAUAUGGAUGUGGAUAAAGAGGAAAAUUUGUGUAGAAUAAUCUUAAUGUGGUUCGUACUCUCUGACAGCUAAAACCAGUAGUUUUCCCCUGAAAAUGUCCAUUCAUUUUCUCUGUAGAAAAUGAAUGGACAGGGAUUCACACUGAAGAAGACAACAGAUCAUUGAAUCCAUAUCCAUGUAACUGACCUGGCUUUGUGUUCAUUUAGGAAACAUAAUAGCACUGUGAUUAUUUGAGAGAGGUGCUGAGUGAGAAAAAAUUGAAGGUAAGAAAAAAUUAUCUCAAACAUUCCAGCCUCUCAUUUUUUCAGAGUUGCAAUGUGUUCAUAAAAUAUAUAUAUAUCUAGAUAUAGAUAUAUAAAUAAAACGAAAUAAAAAGGGUGACACCAAAACCAGAAUAUUGGCUGACAGGCAUUGUGCAUCAACAUAACUGUUUUCUUCCCACUGAAAAUAAUACACACCCCAUCAAAGGUAGGGUUUCAGUGUGGGAUGGAUGUGUGUUGUAUACAUAUUACAGGUAAAGCAGAUACAGAAAUGUGAGGCAGGGCUUGGGCUGUACAAGUCACGAGGUACUUUCUUUGUUAAGGGUGCCUUUGUAAGUUUUGAAUAUAGAUGGGUUUGGAGUUUGUAUUUUUCUUACUAGCUGUGGAAGUACCAGCAUACACGGGAAAAAAACUAAAAUGAGUAUGAUUUUUAAUAAAGCCAAAAUAAUUUUGGUCUUGA